AUGGGAGAUGCUGAGGCAGGCAAGAAUAUCUUUGCUCAAAAAUGUUCUCAGUGCCACACAGUGGAAAAAGGUGGAAAACACAAGACUGGUCCAAAUCUCUGGGGCAUUUUUGGCCGACAGAUGGGACAAGCACCAGGAUUUUCUUAUUCCAAUGCAAACAAAAACAAAGGUAUUAUCUGGGGAGAGGAAACUCUGAUGGAAUAUUUGGAGAACCCAAAGAAAUAUAUCCCUGGAACUAAAAUGAUAUUUGCUGGUCUUAAAAAGAAGAUUGAGAGAGAAGAUCUUAUUCAGUAUUUGAAAUGGGCGACAUCUUCAUGA